GGUCACCAGGAAAUGAUACAUAGCUACUUCUGCUGCUGCUGCUGCUGCUGCUGCUACCACCUCACACACUGACACCACCCCUCUGUGAUUCGUCGAGUCCCAAAUUAAACCACGAGAGAGGCCACCAUUAUAAAUCACCACCCAGAGGCACCUCAGUCCCUUACAACCUCUCCUUUGCCUUCCCAACCCCUCCCUCUCCUACUACUACUACUACUACUACUACUACUACUACAACAUCUGCAACUACUACUCUUGUUUCUUAUAUACCUCCUCCUGCUAUAGGGUGAGUAGUAAUCAAGCAAGAAAGAAGGGCUCUUUUGUUUUCUAGUUGUGAGUGAGACUCACUGUUGGUCCCCCCACAUCACCUCUGCUUGCGUGAUUAGUAAGUCAAUGGAAAGCUACGCGGCGCAGCACCACCGUUUCGACAGCGGCGAUGCGCAGCUCCCGCCGGGGUUCCGCUUCCACCCGACGGACGAAGAGCUGAUCACUUACUACCUCCUGAAGAAGGUCCUCGACGGCGGCUUCACCGGUCGGGCCAUCGCCGAGAUCGACCUCAACAAAUGCGAGCCCUGGGAGCUCCCUGAAAAGGCCAAGAUGGGGGAGAAAGAGUGGUACUUCUUCAGCCUCCGCGACCGCAAAUACCCGACGGGGCUGCGGACGAACCGGGCGACGGAGGCCGGGUACUGGAAGGCGACGGGGAAGGACAGGGAGAUAUUCAGCUCCCGCACGGGCUCGCUCGUCGGGAUGAAGAAGACACUGGUGUUCUACCGAGGGAGGGCCCCCAAGGGGGAGAAGAGCAACUGGGUCAUGCACGAGUAUCGCCUCGAUGGGAAGUUCGCCUACCACUUUCUCUCCAGAUCCUCCAAGGACGAAUGGGUGGUUUCUCGGGUGUUCCAGAAGAUUGGCGGCGGCAAGAAGACGCGCCUCGGCCUGGCUGGCCCUUCCAAUUCUGAUGCCGCAGGCGGUGGCGUCGGCUCGCAGUCCUCCAGCUCGCUCCCGCUGCUGCUCGAUUCCUCGCCCUUUGCCGGCGCCGCCUCCUCAUUCGCCUCUGCAGAUCGCGAGAGCUGCUCCUACGAGAGCACUGAUAGGGAGCCCGUGCCCUGCUUCUCCACCACCGCAUCCCACCUCCUCGGCAACGAGGCCACACCGCCACCGCUCUUCGGCCGGGUGGGCACCACUGCCGCUGCUACCGCUGCUACUAAUGUUAACGUUGGGUUGGCGUUUCCGUGCCUCCGCUCGCUCCAGGAGAACCUCCAGCUCCCGUUCUUCCUCUCCGGCCUCGCGCCGCCGCUGCCGCCGCUGCCCGGUUCGGCCGACCUCGAGCGGAAGGCGGAGCUGGGCAGCAGGGUCCCCCACCAGAUGAUGAUGCCGGUGGGGUCCACCGAGCUGGAUUGCCUCUGGACGUUCUAGCUUGUUUAACAACCGAUCUCGUCCUUCCAACGCAUGCUAUAUGUUUGACUUAUGAUUACGACUAAUUACUAUUGCUAAGCUGUUGCUUUUCUCCUCGUCUUAUGCUGUGUUGCAUGUGUAAUGACGCUAAUGCCCCUGGGCUUUUGUUCUGCUCUAAUGACUUUUAU